AUGUCGCUACCUUUUGCUCCAUUGCCGCUGCAUUACGUGGCCAUAGCCAAACUGCUACUGGAGCAUGCGGCUGAGGAUAUACCCCAUUCGUCGCGCAUACGCGCCCUACUGAAGGACUUGCGCGAGGCUCGUCAGAGCAAAGUGCAAGCGGGACUCGAAAUGAUCAAUCCUGCCCAUUUGGAGAUGACGAACAUUUCGUCCAUGGAGAUCUGUGAACUUCGGCCACUCUUUGCUACGGCACUUGCACAACUUCAUGCUGUCCAAAAAACUGAGGCUGCCAGUAUGCAGCUGAUGUCGGCGCCCCAGGCCUCAGAGAGCAAUGCCCAAGAUAACGAUGACAUAGCAAUUCGUCGUGCAUAA